AUGGCUAACAUCAACAUGCCAGAUAAAGACAGAUCUUCGCUUUUACGGGUGCUUCAUAAGAACGAGAUUCCUGUCAUAUUCAUGUCCUCCGAAGUGAAUAUUGAUGUCGCCAGGAAGGCCCUCGCUGAAGGAGCGUGCUUUUUUCUUCAGAAACCAGUUUCUUCAGAGGAUCUGAAAAAUGUGUGGCAACACGCUUAUCGGAAGGUAAGGAACCCAAGGAGGGACACACAUAAAACAAAUUGUGGCAAGAAGAUUCACGAGGCCGGUGGUGUUCUUAGACCUCCCACUGGAGGUAUUAGAAUCCAUGAGGUUGGCGGUGUGUCUAGGCUUCCCACUGGACGCGAUUUGUGUCUUGACACACAAGACACUCGCAAUGAACCGCAGAUAGCCGCAGAGAAUUAUACACAAGGAGCAUUGGGGAUAAACAGACCAGUCGAUGAUAAAGAAGACCAAGAAAAAGCGAAGAAGGUUAAACUAAACACACAGCAAGAUUGCGAUGAGGAAGGAAUGGAAAAUCAAGAUUGCGAUGACAGCUCCAAACAGAAGAAGCGGCACCCCGUUUGGACAACGGAACUUCAUCUCAAGUUUACAGCAGCCAUAAGUGCGUUAGGAGAUCAAAAAGCCCGUCCUAGAAGGAUUCUGAAAUGGAUGAAUGUGCCUGAUAUAACGGUGCGCCAGGUUGCAAGCCAUCUGCAGUCAGAAGGAUUUAUGUUAGGUUCUUUUUCCUUCCAGAGAUAUAGAAAAAACGUACACCGGAUUCAGGAGGUUGGCACGACAAGCUUACCUUCAUUAGGCAAAUCAUCCAUUUGGAAUAACAGAAAUGAAUUUCCACCAGCAAGGCAGACUUCUCUGGUAUGCCGCCCGUACGAACAAGGGACUUCAAGUUCUGGAGCUAAAGGCAAUCCAACGCAAUUAAUGACUCCGAAUUCUUUCACCGGAUUCAAUGACUACGGAAGGCAGAAUCUGUAUACAGAACACAGAGUCAUGUCUCACAACACAAAUCAUCAAAGCGAAAGCCUCUAUGACUUUUAUCUGAGAACUCAAGGAAAGUUUGAGAAUUUGGACCAGAUAUUAGAAACAAACAGUUUCACACUAGGUGCUGACAUGAAUGAAAUCCAGAGAAACCAACCACUUGGAUUAGAAGAGAUCAUGUUUAAAGCAAGCGAAAGAACCUUACAGAGUACGAACUACAUGACACCAGAGUUUGGUUCUCCCUACAUACCAGCAAAUACUUUUCAGGUCCCGAAUGCGUCUGUCAGCAUGAAUCAAGCGCAGAAUUAUUGUCCAGCACCGACUGCUCCGUUCAAUGCCCAAAACCAGGACCAUUUUUCAGCAGAAGCCAUGAGAACAACUGAAGUUGGCCUGAAUCAAGCGCAGUUUUAUGCUCCAGCGCCGACAACUCCUAUCAAUUCCCAAAAUCAGAACCAUUUUUCAGCAGAAGCCACGAGAACAACUGAAGUAGGCAUGAAUCAAGCGCAGUUUUAUGCUCCAGCGCUGACUACUCCUAUCAAUUCCCAAAAUCAGAACUACUUUUCAGCGGAUGUCAUGGGAACAACUGAAGCAGGCAUGAAUCAACCACAGUAUUAUACUCCAGCCCCGACUGCCCCACUCUACUUCCAAAGUCAGAACCACUUUUCAGCGGAAGUCACCGGAACAACUGACGUACUUGAGGUUGUGCCGGAACAGAUACCUUCAGUCAAUGCAACCAAUGCAGAAACAUUUCCAGCAAACUUUACCGGUGGAAGCCAAGAGCUGGAUGCUGCAGCAAGAGAGGCUCAUCCAGCUAGUUCAAACAAUAACCAACCCAUGUCGGAGUAUGAUGAUCUGUUGAAGCUGCUUGAAGAAGAUCCAGAGAAGUUCAAUUGGUUUGAGCCGUUUGACAGUGCACCAAAUGCAGGUGAUGCCAAUCGUUACCGUGAAUGGCUGACGGAAACUUUCCUUGAAAAGAGCCCGGAUUCACUAUAGUUCAUGGGCUCCGAUGCAGGGUU